AUGUCGGGAGUCAGGAACCUCCGUGCCAUGUUCGAACAGAAGGGUGAGAACACCCCUCCAGAUCGUGGAAGAUCUCCUGGUCCAUCCGGUAUCUCAGUUGGGUCUCCCUCUCCUUCUCAUUCGCCUCGCCCGCUUUCCAAGGUUCGGACCACCUUUGUAGCAAUCGAAAAGGACGGCCGGGUAGGGUUGAGAAGAGAGCCCAGCGGAGACUCAGUCUCCGUAUCCAGUCGAAGACUCAGCGACGAAACAGACGCUAGUACACCACAACCGGUACCUGAGAAGCCAGAGGUUUUAACCGAGAGCAUGGCCAAGAAUGUUUCGGUCUUCAAGACGAAUUUGUCUGAAGAGUCUAUUCCAGAGUCGCCGAUCCCAACCGCUGCUCCUAAGUCUCCUGCAAAAUCCCCCCCAAAGAAGGAGAGUCGCAGUCCUUCUCUUGCCCCGAACCCAAAUCCGGACAAGGUGACAGAUGAGGAGGAAACGAAGACGAAACUGCUGCCAGGGAAUCCGACAGAGAAGUCGGUGUCAAGAGGGAGUAGCAUAGCGCCAGCGAGUGGACGUACUAGCGUAUCAACAAAUGGUAGCAAGACAAAGACCGCGACCGCCACAAAGCCUGUUCCAAAAGCCAUUUCGACCGCAGCCAAAUCUGUUUCUAAGGCUCCUAGUACUGCAAAGAAGAAAUCGACACCUGCUUCGUCUAGGGAGCGCGAUGCCCCAAAAAAGGCGGCCACUACGGCUACCACAAAGCCGGCGGCCACUUCUAGCAAGAAGCCAACACCCAUUGAUCUUCCUCCUUCGGGAGCCGGAUUUUUACCUUUGUCCAUUACGGCGCCUACUGCGUCUUUUGCUUCGAAGCUCGGAAACGGCACCGCAGCUCAUCCUCCCAGGCAAUCUCUCUCGCGAGCUUCCGGUAACGCUCAGCAUCUUAACGUGAGCUCCACUACGCAUAGUACCACCUCAACUACCAGGGGGUUAAAACGCGGGAAUUCGGCUGGCGGUCGAGCACUGUCCAAGGACCACCCAAUUAUCAAGAGAGAUGGCCAUGUCGACGAAAGUUUUCUCGCGCGGAUGAUGCGACCGACACAAAGCAGUUCUAGCAAAACCGCGGAAAAGGUGCCGGUGACACCGCCACGAAAGCAGAGCACACCAUCAAGUGUUCAGAGGAAGGCUGAGGGAAGUGCAAAGAAAUCAGCAGCAGUAGAGCAUGCAAAGCCUGCUGACAAGAAAUCCCCGACGGCAGAGGUUGCUCAGGUUGUCGUCCAGACUGAGACAGCAGAAGUAGCUAUUGAGACAGCCAAGAUUUCGACAGAUACUCUUUCCCCGGAGCAAGUGGCAGCAAUUCCUGCAGUCACCGAAGACACAGAGAAGGUUGAAGAUAUCGAGGAUUUGGUUCAGGAUGUACUAGAGCCUGCCGCUGAGAUUUACGCAGCUAAUAGCAAAACUGAAAACGUACAAGAUGAGCAACCCAUAUCCGAAGGCACCGAUGAGGUCAUUCUUCAGAGUGAGGCCGCUAGCACCACCGAAGAAGUGAAGGCUGAGGAGGAAUCCAAGGUGGAAGCUAUUUAA